ACCCAACGCAAAGGUGCUGCUGACAGGAGAGUAUACUAUUCUAUUAUAUCUAUGCACUGUGCCGUUAAAACCUUAUGUAAUGGCAGUUGUAUGAACCAAUAUUUCACUCCUUCGGUUUUUCUAUACACUGUCGCAAGGAUGUCUGUCAGCAGAGUAAUUACACGAACUUUUUGCUCCUCCCCUGCUGUGCAACAACUGGUUAAGCCUCCAAUUCAAGUUUUUGGAUUAGAAGGUAGAUAUGCGACAGCCCUUUUCUCAGCUGCGUCUAAACAAAAGGUCUUGGAUGCAGUGGAGAAAGAUUUAGUCAACUUUCAGGCUCUUCUAAAAACAGAUGCCAAAUUAGCAGGAUUUAUAAAGGAUCCUUCAAUAAAACGGAAAGAUAAGGCAGAGGCUUUCAAAACUAUUGGAAGCAAAGUCAGUAUGAAUCCAGCUACUGCGAAUUUACUCACGUUGCUCGCAGAAAAUGGCCGAUUAGCGAAAGUCAAUCAAGUCAUUAAUCUAUAUAAACUGAUUAUGGCUGCUAAUAGAGGAGAGGUAGUGUGCGAAGUAGUUACUGCGAAACCACUUGAUGCAGAUACGAAGAAUCAGCUCGAAUCAGCUUUGAAAGGUUUCUUGAAGAAGGGCCAGACUAUUUUACUCACUACUAAAGUAGAUCCCUCUAUUAUUGGUGGUAUGGUGGUAUCAAUAGGUGAUAAAUACGUAGACAUGAGUAUUGCCAGCAAAGUCAAAAAGUACACGGAUAUCAUACAAGCUGCGGCAUAAUCAGUUAAUAAAAUAAAAUAUUCAUGUAGACAUACUUGAUAUUAUGUAAGUUAUUGACUUAUAUAAAUAAAAUUAAUUAAUCGAGCUCGA